UAUAAAAUGAGCUAGUCCAGGCCCAUGUCUGCAGUACACUUUCCAACACAAAGCACCGUAUCCAUCGGCGAUCCCUUUCUUCCUCCCUGACGGCGGCGCACCAUCCUUGGCCAUGGAGCGUGCGUCAGUGGCCGCCGGCGCCAUGGCCUCCCUGGCGGCGAAGCUCAACUCCAUCAUCAUGCCCAGGUACGAGCUGAUGGCCGGCGCGAGGGCAGACGCCCUCUUCCUUCGCGCCGAGCUCGGGAGCAUGCACGCCUUCCUCGAGCGGCUCUCCGCGGCGCCCGACCCGGACGCGCAGGCCAGGGCCUGGGUCAGGGAGGUGAGGGAGCUGGCCUACGACGUCGAGGACGCCGUGGACGAGUUCAUGCACCGCGUCGAUGCCGCCCAUGGCGUCGCCGCUCCUCCUAACAACCAUGGGUCGGGUACCCUCCAAGGGUUCGUGAGCCGCGUGGCGCGGCUCGCGAGCGCGGCGUGGACGCGCCUCCGCCUCGCCAACGAGCUCAAGGGCCUCAAGGCUCGCGCUGCCGAGGUGAGUGAGCGGCGGUCGAGGUACAAGUACGGCGAGGACAUCUAUGUUCUGUCAGGGGACCAUACGGUCGCCGAUCCCCGGAUCAACGCCCUCUACGCCGAUACGCCGGAUUUGGUCGGCGUCGGCGGCCCCAUGGUGGACAUCGUGGAGUGGGUGAUGGGUGGAGCCACGGCCACCCUCAAGGUGCUCUCGAUCGUCGGGCCCGGCGGUCUCGGCAAGACGACCCUCGCCAUGGAGGUGUUCCGGAGGGUUGGGGGGCAGUUCGGCUGCCGUGCGUUCGCGCCGGUGUCGCAGAAGCUGGACAUGAAGAAGCUCUUGAAGGACUUGCUCUCGCAGGUGGCGCAAGGUGGGGCUGACUGUGUGGACUCAUGGGAGGAAGGCCAACUCAUCCGCAAGCUGAGGGAAUGCUUGAUUAAUAGAAGGUAA